CACAGCCAUGUCCUGCUAUGACCUGUGUCCUCCCACCUCCUGUGGCCCAACCCCUCUGGCCAACAGCUGCAACGAGCCCUGUGUCAGGCAGUGCCAGGACUCCACAUACGUGAUCCAGCCCCCACCUGUGAUGGUGACCCUGCCUGGCCCCAUCCUCAGCUCCUUCCCCCAGAACACCGCUGUGGGAUCCACCACCUCUGCUGCUGUUGGCAGCACCCUCAGCUCUGAGGGAGUCCCCAUCUCCUCUGGCAGCUCCUUGGGCUUGGGGAGCUUCAGCCUUGGGGCCAGCCGGCCCUACCGCCGCUCCAGCUCCCAGCGCAGCGGCUUCUACGGGCCCUGCUGAAGCCUGAGGAGCAACCAGGAACCCACCA